GGAGGAUACAUUUGCUCGCUUCCUCAUCCUCAUUGCUCUCUCUCUCUCUCUUUCUCUCUCUCUAAACUCUAGACUCUAGACUACUUGCCUUAGCUUUUUGUCCAUCUUGGUUCGAUUUCCAGGCUGUGGUGUAGGAGGUUUUGAUCUUUUGGAUCGGUCGGAUUCUGGUUUUAUGCUCGAGCUUUUUACUGGAUCUUGGUGGGUUCGUCGCUUCUCUUGAGAGUUUGAAGUGCUUCUGUGUACUUCUUCGGAGAAGUAAGCCAAGAGAGGAGAGGAAUGCGCUCAACUGUACUCGGCUGACGAUGAUACAGAGACCGCAACUGGUGGAAGAGAACAUGUCAAAUCUUACCUCUGCCUCUGGGGAAGCAAGCGUGAUCUCUUCCAACCACCAGUCCUUAUUCGCCAGCUCCCCAACCCAGAUUAAUCCAACGAAGAAAAGGAGGAACCUCCCAGGAAACCCAGACCCAGAUGCUGAGGUAAUAGCGUUGUCCCCCACGACACUGAUGGCGACCAACAGGUUCGUGUGUGAGAUCUGCAACAAAGGGUUCCAGAGGGACCAGAACCUGCAGCUCCACCGGAGAGGCCACAACCUCCCAUGGAAGCUGAAGCAAAGAAGCAGCAAGGAGGUGAGGAAGAAGGUGUACAUAUGCCCAGAGGUGACCUGUGUGCACCACGACCCCUCUAGGGCACUCGGUGACCUCACUGGGAUCAAGAAGCACUUCAGCAGGAAGCAUGGGGAGAAGAAGUGGAAGUGCGAGAAGUGCUCCAAGAAGUAUGCUGUUCAAUCCGACUGGAAAGCCCACUCCAAGAUCUGCGGCACAAGGGAAUACAGAUGCGAUUGUGGCACCCUAUUCUCGAGGAGGGAUAGCUUUAUCACACACAGAGCCUUUUGCGACGCAUUGGCAGAAGAAAGCGCGAGGGCUAUUGCAGCAAACCCUUUAGCGCCCAAUCACCACCCGCUUCUGUUCCUUCAACCUACGGCGGCGUCCUAUCAGUCCUCUCCUCUCCAGCAAACACUAGUCCGGAGCCAGUAUACUCACCUGAUGAGUGCUAAUGAGGCCAAUGCCAGCAUCAUCGGUGGCAACGGGAUACAGCAAGAGCUCUCGUCGAAUAGAGAACGCCAGCAUCAACAAUUCCCACCAUGGCUAGCUUGCCAAGGACCCGCCUCUCUGAACCACUUGGACCUCCUUCCUUCACCUGCCUACUCCUCAAGGUCCGAACAGGAGUGCCCUCGUGAGAACCUAGGAGUCCCCCAUCCUCCUGUUCCUCCACCCUUCUUCCAACCCUCGGCUUCCUCUCCUCACAUGUCAGCCACUGCAUUACUCCAGAAAGCAGCUAUGAUGGGUGCAACCAUGAGCAGACCUUCGCACCUGGGUCUGACGGCAGCUCACACUACGAGUUCUGCUGUCGUAGCCAGCAGCACUUCCAGCGUUGGACUUGAUUUGUCUUCCCACGAAGACAUGGGUGCUGGUGGCUUGGAACAAAGAUCAGCACCUCCUCCUCUUAUGCAAGACAUGGUGAUCAAAACGUCCCUCUCCUCAACUCCAGGUUUCGGUGGGUUGUUUGGGGAUACUAUAGGGGGAAUGCUGGGGACAAAGAGAGAACCCAAAAAUACCAUGGGGAGCUUCGCGAGAAGCCAUGGAAAGUCUGAGGAAGGAGGCGGUGGGAACGAUGGGAUGACCAGAGAUUUCUUGGGACUGAAGGCCUUUCCCCACAGGGAGGACAUCCUUAACUUGACUGGGUUUGAUCCUCGCUUGUGUUCCUCUUCCUCCUACGAGCAGCAACAGCAACAAAGCAAGAAACUGUGGCAUGGUUAGCUACUCUGGCAGGUCUGAUGUGGCAGGCAUUCCUUGUAUGUGGAUCACCAACAUUAUGACCAUGGAGUAUGUGCGAAUGUAGAGGUUGCAGAAGACGCCAAUCAAGCAUUACCGAGGUGAUGGAUGAUGGUUGCAACUCGGUUCUUCUUUGUUCAUGGCGAAUGCUGAUUGCAAGCAACAUGAUAAUUAAGCUGUUUCGUUUCUUUGUACGUGCCUAAUAAUUAAGCUGCUUAGCCAAUUCGGUCCUUUAAUGGACCUAUCUCUACUACACUGUGGAAACGUCACACUUCGAUUCUUUGGCUUCCUUUCUUUUCUCUCGUGAUGAAGAUGAGGUGAAGAGUUUAAUAGAAACAGCUCUGUAGAAUCGUGUAUAAUAUAUUAAUGAUAGUCCCUUUUCACUUUCAA